AUGCGGUGCUACAUCGCCUACCUUCGCAACGACACCACUGCCUGGGGCGCCACGAGCAGCGGGCUGCCGAUCCAGGUGACCCUCCGCGCUGCCUGCCCGCCGCUCCUCUCCUACUUGUGCGUCCAUUGCCCUGGUCUGACCUUCAUCCGCUCAGCGCCCAGAGUCGUCGCCACCGACGCCGACCUCGUGCUCCUCCGCGUCCCAAUCAACCCCACUGCCCCCAUUGAUGUACGGUCCUGGGAAUACUUCUUAUACAGGCCGCGAGCCCAUCAGCUAGACCUACUCCCUAACCCGCACCCCAGGAGCUUCCACGACUCUGCAACCGCCCUCCUCAGCCGCGAAGAUGGCGCCUGGUACGCAGUCGCCGCCCUCAGCGGUUGUUGCCCGGUGUAUGAGGGCAACAGUGACUCAAUCAUUGGGUGGGAUUUCCAUCUCCACCUGUACCGCUCCUCCGAUUCCGAGGGGUGGAUCACCAUGCCCAUGUCAGUGGAGGAGCUCCUGAGGGACAAGCUUGCCCCGUUACCCGGCGGUGUGGCCGACGACAUGCUGUACCACGAGACGACCAAGACGCUCACAAUUGGCGGUGAGCGAGGUAAGGUCGCUUGGGUGGACCUCUGGCGUGGCAUCUUCCUCUGUGACGUCCUCAGUGAGCGACCAGUUUUCCAAGACAUCCCACUGCCUGUGCCAGCAAGGGGAAACUGGGGUCGUCUCCUCCAACAAUGUGAUCCCAACUAUAUCCGGGAUGUUACCAUCAGUCGGCACAAAGACACUAUCAAGUACAUUGAGAUGGAAAUCUGGUCACCAAAAAAGCUGAUGAAGACCCCUGAUUCUUAUUUGGAAUGGGUGCACGGUAAGCCAACCGUCACCGAGGUCAUCCCUGCUGGAUGGAAGGCCACAACAUGGAGCCUGCCAGUACCGGUUGGUUCAUUCACAGACUGGCAACCUGACUGUGAAGUUGAAGUCAAAGAUGUCACCAUGGAUGCCAGCGACCAACAUCAUUAUAACCUGCUGUCUGAGCUGAGCGGCAGCGACACCGCACCGACAUUGCAGAACCUUCCUAUGGCAUACCCCACUAUAAGCAUAGAUGGCGACAUUGUCUACUUGUUUUCUAGUACGAAAACCAGGCACAUGGAAAAAUUGGAGUUGGUCAUUGCUGUUGAUCUGAGGAAUAAAACCUUUCGAGGAGUAGCUGAGCUUGAUGUCCAGAAGAAUUAUGUUGUCAAACCAGCCUUCUGCACCAGUGAGAUCUGCAUAUACCUGAGGAAGAGUGCAGGCACAUCAGUAGAGCUUAAACGGACUAAAAGAGAAGCUGUUAAGCCAGUUGGCAAAAAAGAGGGUAAACCAACUAGGGUGCAUGUGAAUGAACUGACCUGCAGAAGGCGCCCGGUGAAGAAGAGUGUACUGGAGGUUGUUAAGCUGCUAGAAGCUACUUGGUAA